AUGGGUAACAAUACCUUUAUUUACACACGAAGGCGAAAUCGAUGGAGGAAGAAAAUAUCGUUCGGGAAUUGGAUCCCAUCAGGCAAAGAUGAGACUGACGGUGAUGAGGAGGAGAAAAACGAAUCUGAUGAUAACAACGGCGAGCGCAGCGGCUCAGAUCAUAGUGAUUUCUAUCACAACAUAAUAGAAAUCCUCAACUACGAACAAGUGUUGGAUCAACAUCUUGUUCGUAGUAUUGUGAAGUUCAGGGCUCACAACGGGCGUGCAACCGUCCUACGAACGUACCUAAUUUGUGAGCCGCACCGUACGUUUAAUGAAGCUCCAGGUACGUUACGUAGUACAGAUUGUAUUACCCUUUUGGGUAUUGCAAGAGACUGGGCAAAACAGACAGCAGAGUACAGCGUACUUCAAUCGAAUCGCACUACUCGUACAGAUCACGUGAGCCGUAACAGUUACGAUACGUACACCUGUCUCCCUGCCGUACGAAAGUACAAAAACCUCGCCGUACAGGCAUCAAAAUCGCCCAAUCUUACAGUACUACGGCUCGAUGGAAGCACUGGUGAAGUUCCAAUUUUCCUGAUACGAACUCAUUCCCCAUGGAGAACUCUCAUUGCAUUUUCCCCUGCCUUCUUCUACUAUAAAGAUGUGCAGGAAAUGUAUGGUGAUAGUCCAAGCAAAACUGCACGGAAAGAACUGCAUGAUUUGAUAGCACCACUUCGGAACAUUCUACCAACAUUAUCCGCAGCGCUGUUUAUAAUAAUUCCCCUGAUAUUGACACAUUGGACUGAUUUUAGCCAAUAUAUUGAACAGCUUAUAGCAGGCCAGGAUACAUUACUACACGAGAAACAGCAUGAUCGGUUACUUUUCAAUGAAUUCAUCCCAAUCAUCGAGUACACGAUUACCCAAUAUAACGAUGUUCCGAAAUGGGUCUCUCCAAACACAGAUAAGUUGAGAAAGCAUCGUGAACUUCGGACGAAGUUGGAGGUUGCUAGAGAGAGGCUCGAGAGACGAAGAACAAGAGCUACUGACCUUCGAGAAGGCUACUGUCGUCGAGAGUCGUUUAUCGACUCGACUUGCCCGAAACGUGAGGCUUCUCACAUACUAGGUCUCCGUGCUCUGUCUAUCACCAAAGGAUUCAGUAAUGAUCUAUUCCAGGCUCUUUAG